CUUAUCAGACACUUUUACCCAAAGUGACUCACAUGUCUUACAUUUCUACUUCAUGCAUUUAUAUCGCUGCAUAUUAUUACUGCGGUAAAUUGGGGUUAAGCACCAGACUGAAGACUGCAGCCAGACGGCCAGUACUAGGAUUCUAUUCUUACUCGCGGUAUGUUUUGAUGUGUUUGACUGGAUCAUAUAACGCCCAGAGAACUGUAACACUCCUCUGUAACAACAAACAGAGUAUUGUUACAUGUUUUACUGGUCUACAACAGCAACCAGUGUUGUAUAAUCUUUGGAAGCUCUGAUACAAAAACCAAAGUAUUGUAACAUGUUUCACUGUUUCGUAACAACAACUAGGGUGAUGUAUUGUAUAGCUGGUCCGUAACAGCAAUGUUUAUGUUCCAAUAAACUUAGCUGAUUUGUAACAGUGACAUUUGUGUCAUUCUGUGCUUGACCUGUAACCAUAACACAAGUUCUAAUGUCCCCGCAGGUGUGUAACAAUAAUAAAAACUGCCACUGUGAGGCGCACUGGUCCCCUCCCUUCUGUGAUAAGUCAGGCUUUGGUGGCAGCGUGGACAGCGGCCCCAUGCGGCUGACAGGCGAUGGCCACGGAGUGACGGUGGGUGUUCCGGCGGCCAUCUUGAGCUUCUUGUUGGGCGGCUUCGUCCUCUGCCUGAAAAGGAGGGCCCUCAUUGGUCUGCUGUGCAGCGGCAAGAAGAGCACCAUGGAGAAGCUGAGGUCCAUGGGUCAGAAAAGGUCAGCCAGAUCCAGCCAGAUGCAUUCUGGGUAUCGGGCCUCCCCGUCUCGUCCGACCCCAGGCAAACCCCAGAGUCCCAGCAUAUAUAAGCCGGUUCCCUGUGGGACAGAGCCGCCCCUCCUGCCGGCUCACGCUUUUCACCACCAAAACCUCCGCCGUCUGCCCCAGUACCAGCCCAUCCUCAUCAGCCGCCCAUCCCCCCUAUCCCCGGAUCCCAGCCCCCAGCCGCAGCCUGCCGCAUCCCCGCCGCACAGAGUGCUCCCCUCCCACGCUUGCUCUCUGCCUCGGGCUGCGCCCUUCCGGAAUCUUCCGUGUCAGACGUCCUUCAGAGCCAGCAUGGACGUGGACAGACCCAGCCCGCCGCAGAAACCACUCCCAGCAGAUCCAGUGGGUAGGGGCUCCAGGGUGGUCCGCAGCCCCUCCGCUGCCCACUCCCCAGGCCCUGUCCCCAUCCAUGUCCCCUGCGUUCCCGUCCCCAAACCUCUGCCGGCCAUUCCUCUCAAGAGCAGACCUGCGUCCCUGAAACCCCCCACACAGCCCAAGCCGCGGGUCCCGGUCAACACCAAGCCCUCCAGCUGAAGGCUCGCACCCGAAGCCCCGCCCACAGGCAGAGACACUCGUUUGCACUACGAAACUUGGGAAAAUCCCUGCGAAUCCCCGAGGUUUGCAAAAGUGGCCAACACAUGAGCACUGGCCUCUGUAAGGUGCUAUAGAUCAGCCCGUCCAGGUACAUGUAAAUUAUUUUUUGUUCUGUAUUUAUUAAAAUGCAGUGCACUGUGGUGGACACUUUCAACAACAGCUUCGGUGACGAUUUCCUGUUGUCCAUUUUUUGUUUUGACGAGCAAAAAUAGAGUGUCGGAGCCACAACUGAGGGAACGUUUAGGUGGCCCUGGUGCUUCGCUACCUUGGUGUUUUACGUCGUGUUGUUUGAAGGGGGAGAUGUAGGAGAGAAGGGUUAAAGAAGAAAAAAAACUGAAUAUCACUGUUUGAAAUCUGUGACAUCGAUGUGGUGGAGCAGCAACACUGGGGCUGUGGAAGCCAGGCGUGACUGGAAGCCUUUGAAGAGUCGAUCGGAAACGAGAUGGUUCCCUCGACGAUUUACAGAGGAGCAUCUGCUCCUCAAAUGGCUGUUUACAUUCAUUUCACCAUACGUAGAACAAGGUCAGCGGCUCCCCGCAAGGAGAAACGUGACACGCAGAUUGGAGAUGGACUGUGCUGCGUUUUACAUAGUUUAAUCUUUAAAACCUGUGGUUGAGUGAAGCGUGAAUGCUGCCAACAUUAUAGGGACAAGCCAACAAGAUGAUGCAACCACGAGUCUCCAGUAUACUGUUCUUGCGGCCUGUUUUGUGAUGAAAUAAGGAUGUGGAUCAUUUCUUUGACCAGCUGACCCAGACUGAGAUACGUGGUAAAAAGGUAGAUGGAUGGAUCAUUCCUUUGAGAUGGAAUCACACGAGUUAGACACAAUAAUCCAAAUGCCCCCGGCGCUGUGGCUUGAAAUCAAAGCCUCUUGCAGGACGGGCAGAUGCUGUGGUUAUCGGUCUUCAAAAACAGCAAAUUCACUUCAAUUAUUGGCUGUUAUAUUUGAUGGAUGGCAUUGGCUAUUGCAAGCAGGUCAUAAUCUACCGGGCCCAUUUCCCAACUCAUCUGUGGCCAGAACCGGAACGCCCCCAGUGGCCUGGCAACAAAAAAAAAAAAAAGCCAAAAUAAUAAGUAAAAGUUUGCAGCAACAGAACAUGGGGGGAGACGGAACAACUCGACUGUUAGCAUCAUACGUUAACUGAAAAGCCAUGCGGUCGCCAUGGCGAGGGAGCGCGCCGACACAAUCUGAUUGGCCGAGCUCUCUAGAAGACGUGCCAGAUCACACUGACCUUCAUCCUGCCUGCACAAUGUCAGUCUGCGUCCCCCCCAGCACAGAAAACAACCAAGCAGAGUCGACUCCAAGGGGAACCAUGACUAUCUGGAAAUAAAUUUGAAUCCAUCAAGGUUUUCUCCCCCCAUGGAGCAAAUCCCUCAAGACGGCCCUCAGGGAAAGUCACCAUGAAAUCGAUUUUAUUUUUCUUUAACUGUUAAACGUGGGCCGCUUUCGAAAAUAGGAUGCACAUUUUUUUUUCUUUUGCACUGCAUGUCGACUGUUCCUCGAGAUUUGACUGGAACCUUAAAGUUCGAUAGGUUGAUUGCCUACUGAGAAGUUUCCUGACCUGAACCUAAAUGCACAAUUAAGAAUCCAUUAAGCACACUUUGUACAGAAGAUGCUACCAGAUGUACUUAGUGGUGAAUCUGGUUGACAGGGUCACACAAGAACGGUUUUAAGGCAUAUCUGCCCAAGCUCUACAACCACGGGGGAGAAUGAGUUGGACAGGGAGGCUUACUGACCUCGGCUGUGCUGGGCAGCCUCUGGAAAGGAAAGCAUGACAAGGGACAAAAAAAAUACAGUUUACACGCUAAGUUGUCUAUCGCUGUGCUACAUCACUUGAACCAAGUUAAAUUGGGUUUGUUAUUCCCAUCAAACAGAUUGCCUAUAAGCAAAUGAUUCCCCAGAACUGGGAGUCUGGGACAUUUAUAUGACUGAAUAACCUUCGCUUAACCUCUUUGCAUUAAUAUUUUUUACAGUGUCACACAGUGUAUAUAUCUUUAACAGUUCACUUUUUCUGCUGGACAUUUUACGGAUCUUUUAAAUAGCUUUGCCCCGUGUAAAUAGAUUUGGGCAUAGUGCCCUCUACUGGGAAAAAAACUGCUCUGCAGCCACAUUGAAAAGAUAAUGGGGAAAACGGACAAUUUUGAAGACACUCGUUUAAAAUAUAAAAAAAAAUAAAAA